CUUUCCUCCUGAAAUGCUGCAACUAGAACAUUUUGCGCACAUUUCUAGAUUUUGAAUCAUAUUACAGCCGCAAAGGAGAUACGUUGUUUGGAGUAAAACGAGUUCACAAUAGCGGUGAAAUUCGUGGGGGCUUUCAGAAGAAAGAUGUUCCAUUGAUCAUAGUACAAUUCUUAUUCGCUAUUGCACCGAUGCGAUCGUGUCGUCGUGAUGCGACCCAUCGAAAUGGCUAAUUCAAUUGCACUGAAGAACUAUCACAAGGUGUUGAAACGAUACACUACAUUGGCCAUCAAGCAUCGAAACCCAACGAUUGUCAUUCCGGAUUGCCUUUUGUAUCGGUUUAAGCAAAACGGUACCUGGAAGCAGCUAACACUAAUCUGUCUACGCCGAGAGGACCUGCUUAACGUGUUCAUGGAAUGGGCAUACGAUCUGGCCGAACGGAAUCUGAAACGGAAGUACAUAGCGUAUGGAUUCCGCUGGCAGAAGCACACGACUUACGUGAAUCUGUUCAUGUACUGGGCGCGCUACCUGAUUGCUUACGAUCCGACCAACUACAUCCCGUUCGGCUACGUAAUGUUUCGAUUCGAUUUCGUGCUGGGCCAUACCAUCGUCAACAUUUACGACCUACAUGUGGAGGAGCAGUAUCAGCGCAAAGGCAUUGGUACGCAUCUGAUGAUCACGCUGGAAGUGCUUGCCCGCCGUUUCGGAAUGCAGCUGCUGAUGGUGGCAGUGGCUAAGAAGGAUGUUGAUGUGAAGAGAUUUCUUCUUCGAUUGGGUUACAGGACGGAUAGCAAGGAAAGCGCCAAAUAUCCCGAAUGUGAGGUGCUCAUAGCGCCGACGAAGUGUUACAAGAUCAUUAACCAAGGAAGUUAAACUAACAGGCAUUAUUUACUCAUUUUAAGUGUUUAGAGGUGCUGAGCGUGCUUCGAGAAAAGUAAUGUACAGCAGCAAAUGUUUGAAUCAACCUUAGGAUGAUGAUCCUGCUAUAAGCAUUUGGAGUU